CUUGGCUCUGCUAGGCUCCCCUUUUCCAGCCUGGGCCAAGCUUCAUGGAGCAGGGGUGUCGUCAGUGGCUACUGGCCAAUGGUGAUUAUGCUCUGACCCCAUAGAAGGGGAGACUGCUCUUGUACUCGGGUCUUGGAAAGGAUGCUGGGCUAGAUGGGUCUCUCACUCCUCCCUGAUCCAGCAGCCAGGCUCUUAUGCUCUGCCUUGUAGCACAGCUGUCCAUGCAGUGUGGAAAACAAAAGGAGGCUGCUUUAAGAGGGGAGCUGUAACUUGAAGCCUGCUGAUGGCUGGGCUGGGAUAGCCUGUGGGCUGGCAGUACAGCAGCAGCAGCCCAGGCAGAUGUGAAGCUCCACUCACACUCACACACAGCCUAGUCAAGAAGGACUGCAGUGGAGGACAGGAGCCUGAGGUAAGGAGGUGCUCAGAGGAGCUUAUUCCAGCUGCCCAGGGGUGUGGGUGGGUGUAAGGCUACUUUCCUUUGGGGCGUAGAGCACAGCGCAGCAGGAAGGCAAAACUCAAAAGGGAAAAAAGGCCGUAUUGGGGUGGGGUGGGGGACAUGGGAGCAAUGUCCACUUUUUCACCCUCUUCUGUCAACUUGUGCCCUACUUUAGAAGUAUUGUCUCUGCAACAGAAACCAAAUGAGAGUUUAAGAGGAAGCACCAUCAGCUCCACUGGUUCUGCCCAGGAGGCAGUAUCAGUUAAGAGCCAGGCAACACCUCCAUUUUUUCACUUGGAGAAAGAAGGUCCCAGUGUGAGAUUUUGUAAGAAUAGGACUGUUUUUGUAAACCCUACCCAGGGCGCUAAUGGCAGAUCCUCUGAAAGCUGCAAAAAUUCCACCCUGAGAGAACAAAGCCUCAGUCCACCUUUCAGAAAGAAACCUGCCUUUUUAUUUCAGACUUGCAGAUGGCAGAGAUCACCCACCACCUCAUCUGACAGCUCCUUUUCUCUUGCCUCAGGUGCCUCUGGUGUGUGUGUGGGGGGGGGGGAGAGGUUCAGGGUCUAGAUUCUUCUCCUUCAUAGAAGCAACGUACAAAGGGGGUGGGGUGCUGGACCACCCUGUCCCAGGAACCACCCAAUGUUGGCUUAAGUAGUAGCUCUUAUUUUUCUCAUUUUGGCUGUGUGCUUAAGUUUUGUGCUAAUGGGAUCCAGAUGUCUAGGCCCACUCAAGCAAGCAAGCAAGCAGAGUUUCAGCAUAGGUUUUUGGCAAAUGUGGAAAUUCUCAGCCUGGCAAUGGUGAUCAAGCUGGAGCAUGAUCAUCUCCUUUCUGAGGCCCUCUUCCCCAGCGUGGAAUGGGGUCACGACCAACAUGCCAAUAGCCAUUUGCAUCUAAAUAAGGCAUAUAACACACACACACACACACACACACAAUCUCUCUCUCUCUCUCUCUCUCUUUCUUCUCUGGUCACCUCGCACAAUUAGGGAAGGGACUGAGAAUAAAACUGCCAAUGACAUAAUGCCAUUAUAAAAAUCUAUGGUGUGGCUGCAUUUGGAAUACGUGUCCAGUGCUGGUCGCUUCACAACAACAACAACAACUUAUUUAUUUAUACCCCGCCCAUAUAGCUGCGUUUCCCCAGCCCCUCUGGGCGGCUUCCAACAAAAUAUUAAAAUACAGUAGUCCGUCAAACAAACUAGAAAGGGAUAUUGGAGAGCUGGAAAAGGUUCAGGAAAGGGCAACGUUUGGGAAAGGCAGCUAAGAAGAGACUGGAUAGAGGUGUCUAAAACCAAGCAUGGUGUGGAGAAAAUGGGUAGAGAGAAGUUUCUCUCUCUCCUAAGACUAGAACUUGUGGCUUAGGCUGAAUGUUGGAAGAUUCAGAGCAGAGGAAAGAAAACCCUUCUCUGUGGAACUCGCUCCUGAAGGCAGGGAUGGCCAUGAACCUGGAUGGCUUUAAAAGAGGAUUAGAGAAAUCCACAGAGGAGAGGGCUAUUGAUGGCUGCUAGCCACAAUGGAAUUGUGCCUCCACAAUUCUGCCUCCACUAUUGGAAAUAGUAAAUGCCUCUCCAUACCAGUUGCUGGGAAUCACAAAUGGGGAGAAGAGUGUGCUUGAGACAUGAUCACUCUAGAUCUGCAGUAAUUUGAAACUUUUGUGCCAUCCUGGUGAUUUGGCUGCCUUCCCUUUAAUUGUAGCCUUUUAAAGACCUAACUACUAUUUCCACAUAGCCCUUGUGGCGCCAGCUUUCAGGGACAUGGCUUUGGUGUCUGCUGGGGUUACAGGCUACCCUUUGGACUGGAUGCGGCAUUAUCUAAGUCUAUCCCCUGCAAACACAAGUGAUGAAUUCAUGCCAGAAUUCUGCAAAACAAGAGGUCUGCUUCCCCUGCCCCAGUCCAUUUGUCCCAUUAAGACUGAAGGACUCACGAUGGGGGAAAGAGGUGCCUGUGGCAGUCCAAGGAAUUGCUGGUCUGGAGUUAUUGCACAAAUUAUUAGAAGUUAUAGGGAAGUCUUUCCUGAGGAAUAUUCAGUUUUGCUACUGGGGCAAAGUUAAAAGCUCAAGGUUUUGAUUCAUGUUUAGGACCGUGACAAGCAUUGGACUUGAGCUGUGGUUCUUCCAUUGUUUCUUGCUUGGAAUAUUCACAAGGGGGGUGGAAAUAGUAAAUAUUACUUGUAGUUUUAUUGCUUCUGCUGGCUCAUGGGAGCAGGGCAGUUAGUAAGACAUCAGCAAGUACCAAAGCCAAUGCCCACUGCAGUCUUCUCUUUAAUGAAACAGGAAGUGAAGUUUUGUUGGUUUGUUUUAAAUGAAAGUCCUGGGAAAUGAGUUCUUGCCUCAGUGCUCUGUCCUGUAUUUGCAGCUCCAGCUCCAGAGAAAAGGCUGAAGGGGACAGCAGUUAAACUUGUUCGUUCUUUCCUCUCCAGGCCCCGCCAUGCGACAUCUGGUGGUUCUUCUGUGGCUGGGACUCCUAGCCAUCUCCUGCAGAAGCCAGGACUCUGGUACCAGGAGCAGCCCACAGGUCUGUCUGAGGCUUCAGGGCUCCUCCCAAAAUACUGAACACGACCCCUGAGGCAUUCUUCAUGUCCCCUUUUGUUUAAAAACUAGAAAAAAGGGGCAGGACGGGCUGCAUAACCUAGCCCAUGGCAAGCUGGGGAUGAAAACCCAUAUGCUGCCUUCUCGCUUUUGUACUUUGAGAAGUCCCUAGGAUGUUUCUACAGCGGCCUCUGUUAACCUGAUGCCCUCCAGAUGUUUUAGACUACAGCUCCCAUCAACCCUUGUCCAAAACAUCUGGAGGGCGUGGCGGCGGCGAAGGCUCUCUUUAAGGCAUUCAGACAAAUGGACGGAGUCUUAGGGACGGGACAAUUCUGAGCAAGCAAAUUUUGCCUUUCACAGGAUCCUGAACCCGACAACACAGAGGGAGCUGAGGAGGAGGACCCCUUUUUCAAGAGCCCUCUCAACAAGCUAGCAGCUGCCGUCUCCAACUUUGGCUAUGACCUGUACCGCCAGCAAUCCAGCCAGGCUCCCAGCGCCAACGUCCUGCUGUCCCCCUUCAGCAUUGCCACUGCUCUCUCUGGCAUUUCCCUUGGUGAGCUUAUUUCUGUUCCAUCCUUUCCUAACAUCACCCAUCCCGGGAAGGUGAAUUUCACAGGCCUUUUUCUUUGUGGUUCGUAGGGGCAGGAGAACGGACCGAAGGUAUAAUCUCUCGUGCUCUGUUCUACGACAUGCUUGACAAGGCCGGGAUCCACAGCACAUACAAGGAGCUCCUGACCACCAUGGCGGCUCCCUCCAAAGGCCUGAAGAGCGUCUUCCGCCUCAUCAUGGAGAGAAGUAAACCUUGUGACCCUGCUCCCCAUGUCACAGGGGAUGGCAAAGAGGCACCCCAAGGCAGAGUGGGCAGCCACGGGGAACAUGGUCCAGCAAGCAGCAAUUCCUGGUCCCCAAAUAAAAUCAUCCGUACUUGCAGGAUGUACCCAUUUGCCUUGGUAGGAUUGGAUAUUUGGGCAGCAGGCGCCACCUAACCUAGCCACGCUAUUAAAAAGUCCGUCAGUCUCAGGAGCAAUUUGGCCCAGGCUGUUUGGAGCCAGUAAGCACCAGCCCAGCCUCAAAGUCCAAGGCAGAAUUAACACCUGCCUUCUGCACGAUUCUGUUUUCUACGAAACAGUUCCUGUUGAGAACUGCUCAAGUUACUUCAGAUUUAGUGCCUGGAAGGGUUUUUUCAUUGGCUGCCUCUGGGCAAGUGGCUCUAUACAAGUAGGCUGGACCAGGUCACCUUUGGCUGCCUCCACAUCUGUGGCUGCAUGAGUACAGGCUGUUAAGACCUCCAAGUACUGAGCAGGAUGGGAGCUUUCUGGUCUCACCCCUUCCCACUCCCCUAGGGCUGAAAAUGAAAAUUGGGUUUGUGAAUGAGCUGGACAAGGCCUAUGGAGUCCGCCCCAGAGUGCUGAGUGGAAACGCCCGGGCAGACCUGCAAGAGAUCAACAACUGGGUGCAGCAGCGGACUGGCGGGAAGGUCACGAGGUUCUUUGGCGAGAUCCCUGCUGGAAUUAGCAUCCUGCUCCUUGGGGCAGCCUAUUUCAAAGGUAAGGGGAGACAUGCCGAGAGAGGUGCUCAAGGAAAGGAAAAGGUAAGGUCCAGUGGCGGGCACCUUGGGGUGACAAGAGGUGUCUCAAAUUCCUUGAGGUUAGGAUCACAGAGGAGGGUGAAGGCUGGGCUGUGUCUUCUGCUUCUCCCCAGGGGGAGUCACUGUUCCAGCUGAAGGAAGAGGGAAUUAGGAACUCGAUAACAUUUCUUUCCCUUCUCUAAUAACAGGGCAGUGGGUCACCAGGUUUGACACCAGGCUGACUAAGCUGCAGGACUUCCAUCUGGAUGAGGGCCGGACGGUGAAAGUGCCCAUGAUGUCAGAUCCCAAAGCCAUCCUCAAGUACGGCUUUGACUCUGAGCUCAACUGCAAGGUCAGUACAGGGAGCAGACCCUGCAGAAAGGGUCUCCCUGCCUGCUUCACAGUAUAAGGGCAGGCAGGCCUUCCUUCACCAGUUGCUCCCUCUCAUCACUAAAUUUGUGACAAGAAGGGAACAGCUUCAUUUGGCCAGCUAAACUAGGUGAGGGUAGCCAAAGCGGCUCAAACCCUCAGUGAGUUAGGGACUUCCCCUGCAUGUGAAGACAGGCUCUGGCGGAUAGAGGAGGUGAGAGCAAUAGUGGGUCCAAUGGUCAAGAAGGCAGUUUCAGCACGUGCCGUAGAGAGGUGAGGAGCAAGUGGGGUUUGUCAACUUGGGAAGGCAGUCUAUCUAGAAGGAAAAUCCACUGCCUUGUGGGAUAUCUUCAGGGGAAGAAAAGGCUCAGGAGUCAACCCCACACAAGUCCAGAGUGGAGUCCUUAAGAUAGUUGGAUGGCGCUUUGUAGGUCUCCUUCCAGGAACUCCUGCCGCCAAACAUAUUGCUCUGCUUUCCUUUGGACCACAUAAAUGAGGCUGAGAGAGGCAUCGUGUCUUCUGGGCAGCCCAGGACCUCCAUAUACUGCCCAGACUUGCUCCCCAGGGAAGUCACUUCGGUGCUGCUAGUGGUUUGACUUCGCCUCUGAAGGCACAUUCCUUUGUCUCUCAAGACAAACAACAACAAGAUACAAACAACAACAACAUUAAUUGUUGCACUUUCAGUGGCCCAGAUUUGUUAUUUGCCCUUGUCCCCUUCUUCUUCCCAAGAAGCCAUUCCUGUUUAGCAACGCUGCCACUGAGAAGCGGCCAGAUAUUGCCAUCUGCCCAAGAUCCACCCUGAGGAUGGAUUUGAACCUCUGCAUGGAUAUGCUAUUGAAAUAUAAAUGUGUGCCAAUGAUGUACCUCCAUGGGUGGCUCUGCCCUGCUAUAAGCUAAAACUGGCCAGCAAAGAUUCCCCCGCUCCUUGCAGGCUGGCAACUCAUUCACACAUCUGGAGCAGCCCCUCCCACCCCGGGGCUCCUCUCAGAGGUCCAAGUCAGAGAGCAGCACAAUCCAUUGCUUGUUUGGGCUGAAGCCCAGGAGAACUAGGCUACAUAAGAUGGGGUUAUUUUGGUUCAUGAAGAAUUGCAAAUUUUGCAAGUACAGUGGUACCUCAGGUUACAUACGCUUCAGGUUACAGACUCCGCUAACCCAGAAAUAGUGCUUCAGGUUACGAACUUUGCUUCAGGUUGAGAACAGAAAUCAUGCUCCAGCGGCGCGGCGGCAGCAGGAGGCCCCAUUAGCUAAAGUGGUGUUUCAGGUUAAGAACAGUUUCAGGUUAAGUACUUAACCCGAGGAACGAAUUAAGUACUUAACCCGAGGUACCACUGUAUGUCAAUUUCUGCAACACAUUUGCAGGCUAAACUUGGAAGCUGGGGAUGAAAAAGAAGGGAUUGUAAACUGCAGCUUAUGCACUGAGAACAACUUUGAUUGGGUCAUCUCUUUCAUUUUCAAAAGUGCCUCUCUUCAAGUGGCAGGACCCUAGCCAGCUGCUGCAAUAGAGAAUGAAGGGUGUUCUUAAGUGUUGCAGGUACAAAUGCCCCAUGGAUAUAUGUGUGCGUGUGCAAAUAUGUGUGUAGGCAGGAUUCAACCCUUCUAAACAUCCCAAGACCCCAGUUUCCACCUGCCUACGACUGUUGCCCCGGCUCAGUCAACAACUCCCCCUUUUGCUUCCCAAAGAGCUGCACCCAUAGUCCCAGUGACAAACACAUCCAAAAAUCCUCCUCUGGAGCAUAAGCUUCUUCCCACAGGCUGGGAACAAACGGGAUCUCCUGGGCCGUGGCAACAUUUCUCAAGCCAUCUAUGAUGGCUAAGACAUGCAUGAACAGAGGGAAAUUAAUUACCUUUGUAAGAGUGGGACACACAGCUCACUCUGCAACGUUCUUUUGGGGGGUGGGGUCCUGGGCUGAGCGAGUGGGUCAAAGCCCUGUAAGGAGCACAGAUGGCGGAACUCCUUUGAAAUGUCAGCACCUAACACCUUUCACUUUCUCCGGCUCCCAUUUCUAGAUUGCUCAGCUGCCCCUGGCAGGAAGUGUCAGCAUCAUGUUCUUCCUGCCCCAGAGUGUGACCCAAAACAUGACGCUGAUUGAAGAGAGCCUCACCUCAGAGUUCAUUCAUGACAUAGACAGGCAGCUGAAGACCGUCCAGGCGGUGCUGAGCAUACCCCAGCUCAAGAUGACCUCUGAGACGAAUCUUGCCAGCACACUCCAGGAAAUGCGUAUGUACCCAGCCCAGUUCUGCAGCUGAGGUGGGGUGAGAGUGUCAGUGCAGUGCUGCACUUGGCAAAAUAGACACACCCAGCAGGGUGGAUGAAGCACUGAAGGUUACAAGCCCCUUCCCUUCCCUUCCCUUAUUUUUGCACUGGCUGCCUUUGAACAUGGAAGGCCAUUCCUAGUUGCCAAAGCUAAUGGACACAAAGAGACUCUGUCCACGUUGGGGAUGGGCAGGAUAAGAGGCACAUGCUUUGCCUGAAGAAGGGCCUCAGGUUCAAUUUGCGGAGUCUCCAGGUGAGCUGUUUCCCUUCCAGUCAGUGCAGACACUGCUGAGCUAGAUGGCUUAGUCUAAGGCUGCUUCCUCUAUUCUUCCAGUGAACCCGUCUAAUCUUCUGAACAAGUAAACUGCACUUGUGGCAGCCAUAGGGCAACUGCAGGAAGCAAUGUGACCCUUGGCGCCAGUUUUUAGUUUACUGGAAGGCGAGAGGUCUAGUAUCACUCAUGUAACUUCCAGCCAACUGGACUGUGCACUGAGGGCCACAGCUCUAUGGUGGAGCCCCUGUCCUGCAUAUUGAAGGUCUCAGCUUCAGAUACCUGGAUGGACUCCCUGCCUGAAACCCUGGAGCGUUAGUGCCAGUCCUGCCCAGACCAGGCUGAGCUCAGUGGACUUAUGGUCUCAGGAUAAAGCAGCCUCCUCUUUUCCCAUGCACUGCCUUGGUCCAGCCAUGUCAGCACCGAUCUUCCUUGCUGGCCAACUCUCCCUAGUUUGCCAGUGUUGUCCUCUUCUUUUUGGCUAGGAGCCCAGGAGACGCAGCUUGGCUGCACCCCGGUCAGUUCUCCCCCCAGCUAAUGAGACAUCCUCCUUCCUCACAGGGCUGCAGGCACUCUUCUCGACUCCCGACUUCAGCAAGAUCACUGUGAAGCCUGUCAAGCUCACCCACGCACAGCACAAAGUAGUCCUUGAGCUCAGAGAAGACGGCGCACGCCCUGUGUCUGCUCCAGAGAUGACCGGACCCCUGAACUUCGCCAUAGACUACCACCUGGACAGACCCUUCCUGUUUGUGCUUCGGGACAAUGACACAGGCACUCUCCUUUUUAUUGGGAAAAUUCUGGACCCUCGGAGUGCUUAGACCCCUCCCCCAAACCCAUCAGAACAGCCUGUGGUCAUCGGGGAGGAAAUGGGUUGGGGGUAGGUAGGUGGGGCCCGACUGCCCUGUUGCACUCUUGCUGUGCCCCACAACUGUUUAUGCUUACGUGCUGCAAUAAACAUGCCCCAAGAACAAC